CCCUAUAUUUAGAGGCAUCUCUUUUCAUAUUUGCUCCCAUUUUACACGCUAUUGGUUCUCUCUUUGUAUUAUCAAGUAAAUCCCAUCAAGAACUCUCUCUUCUUCCUCUUUGAUAUUCUCACAGGUAAUGGAGGUUGUAUUAGUACUGGCUCUUGUGGUUUUACUUGGCACAAAUGGGGUUGAAAGCCAAACAGCUCAGGUUUAUGAAUACUUUGAGUACCCAGCAAUGAGUUGCAGAACUCACUCUGCAUCAUUGACGGACUUUGGAGGAGUUGGUGACGGAACUACAUCGAACACCAAGGCUUUUCAGGCUGCUAUCGAUCAUCUUGGGCAGUAUGCAUCGGAAGGUGGUUCACAGCUCUUUGUUCCUCCAGGAAAAUGGCUGACUGGGAGCUUCAAUCUCACAACCAGCCAUUUUACACUAUACCUCCAUAGAUAUGCUGUUCUUCUUGCUUCCCAGGACGAGAGUGAAUGGUCUGUGAUUGAACCUCUGCCAUCCUAUGGUCGAGGAAGGGAUACAACUGGUGGAAGGUUCAUCAGUCUUAUCCAUGGAACCAACCUCACUGAUGUUGUAAUAACAGGGGACAAAGGCACCAUUGAUGGUCAAGGUGUUCUCUGGUGGGAGAAGUUUCGCAAAGGAGAUCUGAAGUACACCCGUCCGUACCUUAUUGAGAUAAUGUACUCUGAUAAUGUCCAAAUAUCCCAUCUCACUUUGAUAAAUUCUCCAUCAUGGAACGUCCAUCCUGUUUACAGCAGCAAUGUCCUUGUUCAAGGCCUGACCAUUCUUGCACCAGUGAAAUCUCCAAACACUGACGGGAUCAACCCAGAUUCCUGUACAAAUACCCGAAUAGAGGACUGUUACAUUGUAUCUGGGGAUGAUUGUGUAGCUGUUAAGAGCGGUUGGGAUGAGUAUGGUAUUGCUUAUGGAAUGCCCACCAAGCAGGUAGUAAUUAGACGGCUCACAUGCAUUUCUCCUUUCAGUGCAGUGAUUGCACUGGGAAGCGAGAUGUCUGGUGGGAUCCAGGAUGUAAGGGCUGAAGACAUUGUAGCCAUCAAUUCAGAGUCAGGAGUGAGGAUCAAAACUGGAGUAGGAAGAGGAGGCUUUGUAAAAGACAUAUAUGUAAGGAGGAUGACCAUGAAAACCAUGAAAUGGGCCUUUUGGAUUACAGGGGAUUACGGAUCGCAUCCAGAUGACAACUAUGAUCCUAAUGCACUUCCUGUGAUCCAGAACAUUAAUUAUCGUGAUGUUGUCGCGGAGAAUGUAACAAUGGCAGCUAAAUUAGAGGGAAUUUCCGGUGAUCCAUUUACUGGAAUUUGCAUAUCAAAUGUUACAAUUGAACUGGCAAAGACGGCAAAGAAGGUACCAUGGAACUGUACAUAUAUUGCUGGGAUUUCGAGUGGUGUGGUCCCACGACCUUGUGAUUUGUUGCCAGACCAAGGCCAGGAGAAGAUGACAGCAUGUAAUUUCCCAGAAGACAGCCUUCCAAUCGAUAAUGUUCAAGCUCAAAUUUGUACUUACAAGAGGAAGUAUAUCUGACACUGCAUUAUUGCUUCUAUACAUAGGAACUUGAGCUCCUGUGUGAAACUAAAUAUGCGAUCCUUGUUCAAGGUUUGCACUUGUUAAACCAAUCCGGCCAAUGAAAUUAGCUGUUUCAAUAGUGAAAAA